AUGGAGCCAUUCGCAGCAGAAGCUGUAGAGCUGCCUGGGUCUGAAGAGCAAGUCAUUAAGUACGCCGCAUUUCCUCGCAAUGAUCUUAUUCCAUUAGUCGCCAGGGCAGACUCUGUCGGCUCUGAGAAGAUACGCGCCUCAUUGCUGCGAACCACCGAGACGACUUCGUCUACUCUUGGAACUCUUGAAGUUCUGCCGCUGGAGAUUCUUUUUGAUAUCAUCUCCCUGCUUGAUAUUCGUUCGGUUUUCGACCUUCGUCAUGUCAAUCACCGUGCUGAGCAGAUCGUCACAAAAUCCAGUGGCUAUGAAGUGUCCUACAAGCAUGCUAUUGAGACCCUUCAUGUCAUGCUCAAAACCAAGGCCGCCUCUUGGAUCACGCUCCCUACCUUUGCUAAACUACUCUACACGAAGGACUGUCAACUAUGCGGCUACUUUGGCACUUUUCUCUUUCUUCCAACGUUUGAUAGAUGCUGUUUUCGUUGCAUCGAUAUGGGUCGCCUCCCUCUCCUGAUGAAAAUCUCAGUGGCUCGCUUGAAGAGGCUCGAUCUGAAGUUUCAUGCAGAAGCCUCACCACAGUUGAAGUCCAUUGUGAAAAACUUGCCGGGACAUUACUGGGAUGGGCAUCAUUCCUUUACGCGAGAGAUGCGAACCCACAUUAUGCUGUCCGAGGCAAACGCAAAUUUCGGUUUACGCCAGGGGGUACAAACCUCCCGUGUGGCACAGGCACGACUGCGACACAUGGUGACAACAUCUUUUCCUUGGCUCGAUAAUCAAACCGGUCACGCUCAAACUGGGAUCAGCUGUGAGGGCUGCUACAUUUCUAAAGAUACUAAGCUCCUGUUAGGUCUUCCGAUUUCUCCUCCUACCCCUUGGGGCACAAAAUCCCCAGUCUAUACCGAGGACCAAUUCAUCGAACACUUCAAAACAUGUCCGUUGGCUCAACACGCUUGGAAUAACAAACUUUCGGAAAGAAUGCGGGAACAAAAGAUCAACCAAGAAAGAAUCCGGCGUGAGAAGGAACAGGAAGAUGAGAAACGUCGUCAGGAAGAGCAAGAACAACAUCUGAAUUCUCGAAUCCGCCAUCUAGUGUCCGAGUUUACGACGUUCGUAAACCUCCAACUUGGGUGGCAAACCCCCAAUGAGGGUAUUUGA